CAGUUGCCAAUUCCGAAUUUUGAGUUGAUAGAAUCGAGAGAGAAAUGAGCGACGAGAUGGUGAAGAAAGAGGCUAUGGAGAUCAUAGCUGAAUUCGAGGUGCUGCCUCGUCUCGUCGUCUUUGACCUUGAUUAUACUCUCUGGCCCUUCUACUGUGAAUAUCUCUCCAAGUGUGAAAUGCCAUCACUAUAUCCGCAUGCCAAAGGCAUACUGCAUGCUCUCAAGGAUAAAGGUAUUGAUAUCGCUGUUGCCUCAAGAUCACCAACUCCGGAUAAAGCCAACACUUUUCUUGAGAAGUUGGGAAUAAAAUCAUUUUUCGUUGCUCAGGAGAUAUUCUCGAGUUGGACCCACAAGACCGAUCAUUUUCAGAAACUGAAGCAGAGGACUGGUGUUCCAUACAAUGAGAUGCUCUUUUUUGAUGAUGAAAAUCGCAACAUACAAGCGGUAUCGAAAAUGAGUGUUACGAGUAUUUUGGUGGACGAUGGUGUCAAUCUCGGAGCUUUGAGGCAGGGGCUCACUAAGUUCUCUCAAAAUAGGUCGGCAUUGGAAAAGAACAAGCAAAGAUGGCAGAAUUUUUCAAAGAAACCGACUUCUUCAGAAAAUCAGCAAUGAUUUCCCGAUCCAAUUUUAAAGAACUGCAUACCUGCAAUGACAUUUUUCAGGUUGGAUUAGUGGUCCUAAUUACAGAGAUUUGUGCUAAUUUUGUUGUGUUUAGUGAUUCAAAGGCUGCUUAGUAUUAACAGCAGCCAUCAGAAAGUUGUGUAGAACUUGACUGUGUAUUUGAUAAUUUUGUAGUCUCUUACUCUAUGGUUUUAUGUUGAUCAUUUGCUAUUA